AUGCCAGGCCCAGUUAGCAGUACUCUUACUGGUACCACUGCUAGUACUGCUUCACUUCAGCUUCGACACGCUAUAUUGUCCAACGAUGUUCCGUUGGUAGAGAGACUGCUGAAAGCAUACCCUCAUCUCGUGCACAAUCCAGAUUACAAUGACAAAAGUAACACAUCGCUCCACUUGGCUGCGAAAGCUGGCUAUACCGAGCUCGUAGAACUAUUGAUCUCAGAAGGUCACGACCAGUCGCCCGAAGUCACCGACUACAUCUAUAGUUCUGCAGGCAACAACCUUGGUGUUUCGGUAAACACUGAUGGCCAAACUGCGCUGCAUUUGGCUGCAAGUUCCUUGCGAGUCGACACGGUCGAACUUCUCUGUACCGAGUUCCCAAACACAAUCGACCGACCUGACCAUCGCGGUCGCACGCCUCUUCUGCUAGCUGCAGGCGCGCAAGCACCUGUCACUACCAAGGUUGUUCGAGGAAGGAAGAAUACACUUCAGUCCAAUGAAGACGUAGGAGUCGUUGAGGCUCUAUUGCGUCACGGUGCCAAUGUCAGAGCUAGGGAUCAUCAAGGAGACACCUGUCUGCACCAAGCUUGUGCUUGGGGCAACCUGAAGACCGCAAGAGUGCUGGUACAAGCUGGUGCAGAUCCACUAGCCUCGAACAACGCAGGCUGGAAACCCGACGCCUACAGUCUAAGCGUGCAAGCUGACGUCUACUUUCGAAACCUGGUUGCUGAAGUCGAGAAGCGAAAAGCCGAGGAUAUGCAAAGAAGGAGAGAAGGCAGGCGCACAAAUACUGGUGGUGGUGGUCAGGUACGGCUAGUGCAGGAACCUGUAGAGUUGGAAGACGAACCCGAGCCUCUCUCAGACGCAGAUACUCCUGUUCAAAGCAGGACAAAAUUCAGUAGGACUGAGUCUACCAACGAACAGUCCAGAGAUCGUCAAUUCGAGGCUGGUGGUCUCAACAUCAGUACGGGAGGUGGUCGACUCCUUAGUGCUCACGCUUGGAAAUGA